AUGGGUUUUCGUGGUGCUCAGUUCUGGGGUGCUACCAGACUUCUCUGGUAUUUGGCUGACGAUCAAGGCUUGGUUGCCAGGAAUCCUAAGGUCAGUUGUACCCUAACCCAGUUUACGCAGCAGCAUCCUCUGACUUUUGAUGGCAAGGCAGAAGUACUUGAUGCAGAAAACUGGAUCAAAAGAAUGGAGAAGAUAUUUAGGUCUCUUUUCUGUACUGAUGAACAGAAAGUGGAGUAUGCCACUUAUGUGCUGGCAAAUGAGUCGGAUGAGUGGUGGACCUCUACAAGAGAACUACUGCUGCUCAAACUUGGCGAGGGGGUACCCAUAACUUGGGAUCAUUUCAAGCGGACGUUUUGGGACCAAUUCUUUUGCCCAGCACUCCGGGAAGUAAAAGCUAGGCAGUUUACUGACCUAGUACAGGGAACCAUGACGGUGGAAUGCUAUGCCAUGACGUUUGUGGCAUUAUCGCGGUUUGCAAGUUAUCUGGUUCUGGAUGAGGAAAAGAAAUGCGAAAAGCUCGAACGAGGCUUGCACCCGAGAAUUCAAAGUCGCCUGAUAUCCCUAUGGAUCCGUAACUUCACCGACCUGAUUACACGAGCCACUUUGAUAGAAGAAGACAUGAAGGCAAAUGUAGAACUAUUUGAUCAAAGGAAGCGCCAACUAGCACUACAUGUGCCCAAUAGAAACAAAAAACAUGCCCCUAGUUACCGUCCGCCGCCACCUCAGAGUAUUUCAAUGAAUCCAGUUACUAAGAAUUGA